AUGGAUGUGACUUUACAUAGAAGUUGACUUAACCCUCCUUUUUCUUCUCAGGCUGACAGUCCCAAGGAGAGUGUGCUGGGCGACGUGAGCGUGGUGGAGGUGGACGUAUUCGACAGGAAGUCGCUGUGCGAAGAGGACAAGGCGGGCCUGCCACUCAAGAAGGACAAGUACCUGUCAGAGGAGCACAGCAGCGGCAUCGGCGGCUCCUCCUGCAUGUCGACGCCGCGCCAGAGCGUCUCAGACAGCGAGGACGGCGGUGACUCAGGCCAGACCACGACCAGCAUCGUUCAAUACUCAUCAGUGGUGGCCUCGAGCGGCUACAAGGGCCAGACCCCCUGCCCUCUGCCCCAGACCCCCUGCCCUCUGCCCCAGACCCCCCCGUCCGGCUCCUCCCAGUCCCAGACGCCCAGCUUCGCCCGCUCUGAGUCCACCCAACCCCUGCUGGAAAGUGAGGAGGGCCAGGAGGGGAGUGGGCAGACCCACCAGCGCUACCCGCGGAACCCCUACUUCAGGCGCUCACCUGGGGGUAGCGAAAGCAGAGACCCAGGGGACAGGAACCAGCUGGAGAUGGAGGAGCAGGAGUUGGCUUCGCUCCGGUUCUGCCCUCUGGAGGAGGGGGCACAGCAGACCACACCCACAGAUGAGAGCCAGUCCCCUGACGGACAGCCAGGCCCCGCCCCUAGCUACAUGCCUCAGCUGAGGGGCAACAGGCAACAGUGUUAG